CGUGGUUUUUUAAUAAUUGGUACAGUCUUCACUUGAGCUGUCGAGCAAAUGAAAAUGGCAAACCCUAGUCGUCCCUGUCUCUCUUUUCUUUCACUUUCUUCACUCGAUCUCGUCAGUCAUCACUGUCUCUGUCGAGCUCAAGUCAAGACGAAGACGAGUGUGCCUCUCAGCCUCAGAUCUCUCUCUCGCCGUGUCAUACAGAACCCACGGCCGUCGAAUCACUGUCUCUCGCGCGAACCUUCUCUGCUCGGUGAUCGUCUUCUCUGCAUCUGCUCGGCAGCUCGGCGACCAUCUUCUUCUUCUCUGCAGCCUGCUCAGCUCCCACGGCCAGGACCCGCGAGCUAUAGAGAAACAAAAUAUGGCACGACAAUCAUCAUCUUCAACCAAACUGAGCCUGAAACUACUUAUUGAUCGAGAGAACGAAAGAGUUCUGUUCGCCGAAGCAUCAAAGAACUUCGUAGAUUUCCUCUUUAACCUGCUUCGUUUGCCUAUCAGCACAGUCGCAAGCCUUCUAACCAAGAACGACAUGGUCGGCUGCAUUGGGAAGCUCUGUGAAAGCGUCGAGAAUCUCAGUGUUGAUUACUGGUUGAACCCAAUUCAUGACAAGGCCGCUUUACUGAAACCAGACGCUCCAUUAAUCUCUGGAAAUCUUCUUCUGCCAGCAGCAAAUCAUGGCAAUAAUGGCGGAUCAGGGACUUCACAGUACGGUGGUUAUCAAGGUCAUUCCAGGCCCUUUGGAUCAAGGAGCUCUUUAACAUUUGAGGAGAAAACUUGUGCUAGUGGGUUUGUGAAAGAAGUUGUGACUUACACUGUAACGGAUGAUCUUGAAGUUCGACCGAUGUCUUCUAUUUCAACUAUCACUCUGCUGUCAAAGUUCAACAUCAAAGAUAUUUCUUCCUUAGAAGAAAGCAUCGUUGAGUUAGACAUGGAACAGGGUAUCAAACUGUUGAAAGCGUCCCUGGAGUGCAAGAAUGUGUUAACUAGCGUGUUCCUCAAGGGCGUUUAAUUAGUUCCUUUACUUUUUUUUGAUGGACUUUCUUUAUGGUUAUUGUGUUUAUGAUUAUAUAUGCCCAUGUUUUGUUUCAUAUGGCCAUGAAACUAGUGACCGACCCUGUGGAAAAUGAUGUUACAUUCAUGUGUAGUGGGGAAAAGUUGCACGGGGCGUUAAAAUAUAAUGUAAAAUCGAUAACUUUUAUUUUGAAUCAUGCGAUUGUAAAUAGCUAUGACGACUUAUAUUUUGAACCAAGAAAUCAUGAACAAUUUUAUUCACUUUUAUUUUGAAACA